UUAAAUUAUGCUCAUGGAGAAUCAAUUGCCCAUCUUAAAUCUAACAAUGGCAUUAACAAUCAUGAAUUCAUCACCUAAUCCAACCAAAGAGACAAAAACAAGAAAAAAUUUGCAAGAAUGGCUAUGAUGAUUAGGCCUGUGACGAUGAAGAUGAAGAUGAGGAUCAUCAAGAAUCACUUUGGUAAUGAAAACGAUAACCAUCUUAACAGAGUUUUGAAUCCAAGUUGCGUUGUCUCAGUUGAGAAAUUAGUGGGUGAGUUUAAUCCCAAAAUUCCGAUUCAAAAAGCAAAAACUCCGCCAAGCACAUGGUACACUGACCCUACCUUUUACGCCCUUGAGCUUGAGCAUGUCUUCUACAGAGGCUGGCAGGCUGUUGGAUAUACUGAACAAAUACAACACCCUCGCGACUUUUUCACUGGAAGAAUUGGUGAAGUAGAGUUUGUAGUUUGCAGGGAUGAUAAAGGCAAAGUCAAUGGUUUUCAUAACGUGUGUCGUCAUCAUGCUUCUCUUCUUGCCACUGGAACUGGCAAAACUAACUCUUGUUUUGUAUGCCCUUAUCAUGGAUGGACAUAUGGCCUUGAUGGAAAACUUCUUAAGGCAACCAGGGUAACAGGAAUGCAAAACUUCAAUGUGAAUGAGUUUGGUCUUAUACCACUGAAAGUAGCUACAUGGGGGCCAUUUGUUUUACUCAAUAUAGACAAAGAGUUGAUAUAUCACCAGGAAGUUGACAGUGAUAAAGUGGCAAGUGAGUGGCUUGGUAGCUGUGCAGAGAUACUGAGUCUCAAUGGAGUUGAAUCAUCAUUAAGUUAUUUGUGCAGACGUGAAUACACAAUUGAAUGCAACUGGAAGGUAUUUUGUGACAACUACUUAGAUGGUGGUUACCAUGUUCCAUAUGCACAUAAAGGUCUUGCUUCCGGUCUUAAGCUUGAUUCCUACUCAACCUCAAUAUUUGAAAACGUUAGCAUUCAAAGAUGUGAAGGUGGUUGUACAGAAAGCAAAGAUGAUUUUGGUCGCCUUGGAUCUAAAGCUUUAUAUGCUUUCAUUUAUCCGAAUUUCAUGAUUAAUCGAUAUGGACCAUGGAUGGACACUAAUCUGGUAAUACCUUUGGGACCUAGAAAAUGCAAAGUGGUAUUUGACUACUUUAUCGAAUCUUCUUUGAAGGAUGACACAAAUUUCAUUGAGAAAAGUCUUGAAGAUAGUGAGAAAGUGCAGAUGGAAGAUAUUACUCUUUGUGAAGGUGUUCAGAGGGGCCUCGAGUCUCCGGCUUAUUGUAGUGGCAGAUAUGCACCCACUGUUGAAAUUGCAAUGCACCAUUUUCAUUGUUUGCUUUAUGAGAACCUCAUUAACUAGAUCUCAUUGUGUUGCAUUUUAAAUAAUGUAAAUGUUUACUUUGUUUUUUAUUACAGACAAUAAAACUUAAAUUCUUGUUCUGUUA